AUGUUUUCCUGCCACACCAAAACAGUUGUUUACUCUAGCCAAGGUCAAUCAAGCCAAGCGUCUCCCCAAGGCAGCUUGCACGUAAGUCACAUAGAUACUGCUGUCAAGCCCUUAUUGGCUUCUGGGCUUGACAACGGCAGGAUUUACAAGUGGGCGAAAGGGAUUCAAGAUUGGGCAAGCCCAGGAGAAAGCUACAAGAUCUCUGACAUCAGCCAGUCUGAAAUCCUUGAACUUCAGCAAGAGAUAUUAAACCGUGGACUAAAACUCAAGCUGCAUUGGAGCGCAUCCAGACAGGUUGCAAUAUUCAAGAUGCCCAGCCUACUCCACUCGGCACCACUGAAUACAUGGGCGGCUACAAUAUUCCCCAGCCUGUGUACAAAAUUGCUUGAGAUCAAACCACGGUGCCUGAACCAAGCAAGUGUGGUUGACAUGGGAGACUCUGAAAUUAGGCUUGUAACGGGGUAUAAACAACCAGACAAAGCUUUUGGGGUUUACAAAGACCAUGGAUCAGACGCACACUACACCCGGAUGCAUCCCAGAGUAGUUUUCGAGUCCGCAGUGAGCCAGAGCAAGGGAGGUGCUCGCAAGAAGGCAGAGCUAUAUCUCACAGAGACAGAAGUUGAGUGCCAGGUUCAUGCGGUUGUGAUCCUCAACUUUGAGAAUGUUCCCACACAACUUCCAAACCUGACAGUUUUGGAUGACAAGAAGUGCCGUGUAACUUUGGAGGUUUGGGUUUGCAAUGAGACAAUAGGCACAAGGUUCCCAUUGGAUGACUGCCAGGAAGCGAGCAUAUCAUCAGGUGGAAUAGAGGAUGUUAGCUUAGAACAUGGAUCGGAUGACAACAUAGCACAGGACUGUCUAUCAGACACUUACAACUCGCCCGACGUAAGCUCUAAUAAUUCAACCCCCUCAACAGGCACUAGCAAGAGCCUUGGGAGCCUGGUCAAGCAGCGGGGUGAGACCAUUGUGGUGCUUGACGAGUCUGAGACUGUGGAAGUAGAGCUCCCGGAUUUAGUUCUGGAUUUCUACGACUUCUUCCGGGUUUGCCAAAGGAAUCCAGGAGAAAAAGUGGACGCGGAAAAUCGACCAAUCAAUAUCCCGAUCAGAGGACUGAGAGACACUCUCCUGAUGGCCCUCAAGGACGAACGUGGUCGAUUGCGGGAACUGAGCACAGCUGCUGGUUAUGCACAGGGCUCUGCGGCAGGGGCUGUAGCUUCUACAACACGUACUCGAAAGAGGCGAGCGGAGCAAGAGCCUGCAGCUGGAUUUGCGGAGCAAUCAAAGAAGCAAUCCAAGAGCGGAAAACCGGUUGCAGAGUGA